CCCUCACAUCUCCCCACCACCACCAUGUCGCUCCCAGCCUGGCCACCCAAGACGAGCGACGCGCAGCUCGCCGCGCUACUCAACGAAGCAUCCACCUACGCCCUCGCGCACGGCUUCACGCUCCUCCCCCCGCACCCGGCGAGCGGCGCGCCGCCCGCGCCGACCCACGCCAUCGCCGCGCCGCUGUCGCUCUUCCCCACCCCGUUCCCGCGGGCAGAGUACACGCGCGCGCGCUCCAUCCAGCGCCUGUACAAUGCGCUCUACGCGCGCAUCGCGCUCGACUGGGCGUUCUUGGACGGCAUCUUUGAGGAGGUCGCCAAGGUCGACGAGUUCCAGGCCGAGCUUUGGACAAGGUGGAAGGCCGUCCGGGACGAGCUGCAGCGUGUGCAGAAGCCUCUCCAGCUCGGUAUCUUCCGCUCUGACUAUCUCCUCCAUGCCAGCGGGAACGAGAGCGCGAUCAAGCAGGUCGAGUUCAACACCAUCGCAUCGUCCUUCGGCGCCCUGUCGCAGAAGGCUGGAGAGCUGCACCGCUACCUCGCUGCGUCUGGAUCGUUCUUCGACGCUGCGCCCCAGCUUGCCGACGCGACUGCGUACCCCGACAACAAGAGUCUGGUGAACAUUGCCGCUGGUCUCGCGGACGCGUGGAAGGCGUACGGUAACCCCAAGGCGAUUGUCCUCGUCGUCACCCAGGACGGCGAGCGCAACAUCUUUGACCAGCGUGCGCUGCAGUACGAGCUGCAGGCGACCCACGGGAUCAAGUCGAUCCGCCACACGUUCGCCGAGCUCGACGUGCUCGCCAAGCACGGCGGUGACAAGCAGACCCUCCUCAUCCCCAACCCGCUCACGCCCAACGAGGCGCCCGCCGAGGUCGCUGUCAUCUACUACCGCGCCGCGUACACGCCCAACGACUACACGACCGGCAAGGAGUGGGACACGCGUGUGUUCCUCGAGCGGUCGGCCGCGAUCAAGUGUCCCUCGCUUGCCCUGCAGCUUGCCGGAGCGAAGAAGGUGCAGCAGAUCCUCGCGGAACCAGGACAACUCGAGGAGUUCUUGUUGAACCCCGCCCGCCCCGACACAGGGUUCGGUGCUGGUGCGGGGACGCUCAAGCAGGCCGACAUCGACGCGCUUCGCGAGACUUUCACUGGGUUGUGGCCGCUUGACGACUCGCCGCUGGGCAAGGAGGCGCAGCAGCUGGCCAAGUCGCACCCCGAGCGCUUCGUGCUCAAGCCGCAGCGCGAGGGUGGCGGUAACAACAUCUACCGUGGUGACAUCCCCCCAUACCUCGCCAAGCUGGACGCCGAGAGCCGGCCAGGAGAGGCACCCAAGCGCGAGGGGUACAUCCUCAUGGAGCUGAUCACGCCGCCCGAGGACGUGCACAACUGGCUCGUUCGCGGCGGCGAGGGCAAGCCGCGUCUCGCUGAUGUCGUGUCCGAGCUGGGCGUAUACGGCGUCUCGCUCUUCGGCGACGGCAAGACGGUGGUCAACAAGGAGGCCGGCACGCUGCUAAGGACCAAGGGUCGUGAGAGCGACGAGGGCGGUGUGGCAAUUGGAAUCAGUUCGAUCGACUCGCCGCUGCUGGUGUAAUCGGAUAGAGAUAGACAGGGGCAUGACAUGCAUGGGUGUAUACGGGCU